AUGGCCUGCCCCGAGGAACCCGAAUCUCUCUGCCUGAAGGUUAAACCAAAGUUCCUUUGUUCAGGACCUUGUCCAGCUGUAGGUGGUAGCAAGAGAGAAGAAAUUAACACCUCACCCCCCACCUUUGCCUCAGGGCUGGCCAUUCCAGGAGAUAUUUGCACGAUUAAUAGUCCUUUUACUUUACUUCCUCACCUCCUCCUGCUCUGUGUUCAACAAAAGAAACUGGCUACAUACCCCACAUCUCAGACCUACCCAUCUCCGAAUCUUAGUCCUUCUCUCUUCAUCCUUCCUCAGCCCUAUGUUCUUAAAGACAUAUUGAACAUCAAGAGACAUGCUGCCCACCUUCCUCUGCACUCAAUGGAUGUGCAGAAUCAGACCACAGUGACUGAAUUUAUCCUGACCGCCUUCCCUGCUCUCCAGAAGCUUCAGAUUUUCCUCUUCAUGGUCCUCUUGUUUACUUACUUGCUCACUCUAAUAGGAAAUGGUGUCAUCAUUUCCCUAAUAUGGACUGAUAAUCGCCUCCAAACCCCAAUGUACUUCUUCCUCAGUAAUUUGUCGUUUUUGGACAUUUUAUUCACUAGCUCAGUUACCCCAAAACUGUUAUCCUUUCUCCUCAAGGACAGGAAGACCAUAUCUCUUGCAGGUUGCAUCAGCCAAACAUACUUCUUCUUCUUCCUGGGCACAGUGGAGUUCAUCCUGCUGGUGGUGAUGUCCUUUGACCGCUAUGUGGCCAUCUGUAACCCCCUGCGCUACACCGUCAUCAUGAACAGCAGGGUGUGUCUCCUGCUGGUUCUGGGCUGCUGGGUGGGGGCCUUCCUGUCGGUGCUCUGCCCGGUUAUUCUGCUGUCCAGGCUGCCCUUCUGCCAGAAGGAGAUUAAUCACUUCUUCUGCGACAUCGCCCCCCUGCUGCAGGCGGCCUGCAUAGACACUCGUCUCCUUGAGAGGAUAAGCUUCCUCUUGUCUUCUCUCAUCCUCCUGACCUCGCUGGUGAUCACCACCGUGUCCUACACCUACAUCAUCUCUACUAUCCUGCGCAUCCCCUCGGCCCAAGGGCGUCAGAAAGCCUUCUCCACCUGCGCGUCUCACAUCACUGUCGUGUCUAUUGCCUACGGGAGCAACAUCUUCAUGUAUGUGAGACCAAGCCAGAGUCAUUCCCUGGAAUUUGAUAAAGUGACUGCUGUCCUCACCAUAAUGGGGACCCCUCUCCUGAACCCCUUCAUUUAUAGUCUAAGGAAUGAAAAGGUAAAGGAAGUUUUGAGAGAUGCAACCAACAAAAUUGUGUCCUUGUUGCACAGGAAACCUUGA